AUGAGUGAUGAAGUGGGUGCUAUCGUGUUGGACCUGGGGUCUCAUACUUUGCGAGGGGGAUUUGCUGGGGAAGAUAUUCCGAAGAUUGAUAUGCCCAGCACCACCGGAUAUGUUUUUUCUAAAGACAAUUCGUCUGUUACAAAACGCGUUAUUGGAAAUAAUGUUUAUGUGCCUUCUGAGGGAAUGGAAAUAAAGCCAUUUGUCAAAGAUGGUCUCAUUGAAGAUUGGGAUGCAUUUGAGGAUGUUGUGAACUAUAUGAUCAACUGCCUAAUUCCCAUUGAGAAAUCUCAGCAUCCUAUUCUUACGUCUGAGCCCUCUUGGAAUCCAAGGAACAAGCGCGAGAAAUUGACCGAAAUUCUCUUUGAAAAAUUUGAAAUUCCUGCCUUCUAUUUGGCCAAAAGCGCUGCUCUCGCAUGCUUUGCAAAUAGUCGACAUACUGGUUUGGUCUUGGAUGUUGGUGCAUCCUGCGCAUCUGCUGUCCCGGUUUACGACGGUCGAGUUUUACUCCAAGGUGUUGUUCGCACUCCAUUUGCCGGUGAUUUUAUCGCUCAGCAAUGUGCCAAGAUGGUUAAGGAGGUGCUCAAAACUGAGCCUGUUCCGUACUAUAGGGUUGCAUCCAAGAACUUGAUGGAAGAUUUCGCGGCUACAGUGCUUCAAAUAUCGGAUGAAAGAUAUGAUCAAGGCCAAAUGGAGACAAUCCCAACGAGAACAUAUGAAUUCCCCAAUGGCUACAAUGUAGAAUUGGGUCAUGAAAGAUUCCAAAUUCCAGAGGCUCUGUUCGAUCCAAGUUCUGUUCCGCAAAGUAAUGGAAGAUCGGAUUUGUCAAUGAGCCAUAUUGUCUCGAGUAGUAUUUCACUUUGUGAUAUUGAUAUUAGAGCGAAUCUUUAUAAUAAUAUUGUCGUGGUCGGCGGAACGAGUCUAAUUGUUGGCUUCACAGAUCGACUCCAGAAAGAUCUCGGUGCAAAGACUCCAUCGAGUAUGCGAUUGAAGGUAAAUUUUCCCAGCUCUCUAACAGAAAGGAGGUUCUCGAGCUGGGUUGGUGGCUCUAUUCUUGGUUCACUGGGAACCUUCCAACAAAUGUGGAUAUCAAGGCAUGAAUAUGAAGAAUUUGGAAAAUCAUUUAUUGAAAAGAAAUGCUCAUAA